AUGCCUUCUCAAAACUACGCCGCUUCCACUAAAUCCUCAUUUUCCUCUUCAACUGGCUCCUCGUCCUCGCCCCUCAAGGGUACUCAGAAAUGCCCACAGCACGUUUCAGGAAAACAAGCCGUGCGUGCAUGGGCAAAGGAGCUGGCUGCAGAUCUCGGCCGGUCACCUUCAUAUCGCUAUGACCUGGAGCAUAACAACAAACUGUCCCCGAUGGCGGCCCAAGAAGACUUGAUUGGCGGGCCGUUCAACAACAGCCGUCAAACCAGGACAUAA